AUGUACCGCGAACUAACUAUUUCAAGCGAUAUUCCUGCCCGAAAGCUUAGCAAAGUUUUCAAGACCGGUAAGCUUAGUCUUACAUCAAACGAACUCAAGGGUAGCGGCUCUGUUAUCCACCUUCAUCCGACGUCUUAUGAGAAAGCUAUUAAGGCUCGUAAGGCUGGACGCGGUGUCAGACUUGACAUUACCAAGCACGAAGUAAAGAAGGGAUACAAGAGGGCUCAAGGAGGUUCUAUUUGGUCCAAGGUGUGGGGAGGGAUCAAGUCUGCUUUCAAAUUCGCUAAAGAUUCGGGAAUCUUGAGCAAAGCCGUUGAUGCUGCCGUUCCUGCGUUAGCAACGUAUGCCGGUCAGCCAACGGCUGCCAUCCCCGCGCGAGCUGCAAUUAAGUCUCUAACAGGAAUCGGUAUUUACGACUCCGAUAGCGACAAGGAGGGAGGACGUGUAUCGAUGGCUGACGUAAAGAAGGCUGCUAAGAAUGCUCUUGGAUAUGCCAAACGUAGAGGAAUCAUCACUGAUGCGGUCGAUGCAGGAGAGAAGUUCCUACUAUCAAAAGCUACCAAGCCUGAACAUGAGGAUCUAAUCAGAUCUAUGCGAAAGGAGGUUCGUCGUCGUUAUGGAGUAGGAGUAGCAAAGAAACGCCCAGCGAAGGAUUCGGCGGAGAUGAAGGAGCGAAUGGCAAAGCUACGAGCUAUGCGAAAGAAGGGUAAGUCUGGAGGUUCUUUUACAUUGUAA